AUGGCUGAAAACCUGAUCAAAAGUAAUAGUGAACCACCGAGUUCAUGCGAUAUGAAUCCAAAAUUUCAAAAUGAAACGCCUAUAGGCAGCAUGGAUGAACAAAGUUCAGACAUUAAACAGGUAAGCGAAGGAAACAGUAUACCGCCUAAGUGGCAGUACUCCAAGGAAAAUAACAGAGACAGCCAUGACUCUUCUAACUACAAUGAUCGAAUUUACAAUGGCAAGACAGUUAAGAGAUUGUCCCUGUUAUCUGAGUUUCAUAGUCACAAUAGCGGAAAAGAAAGGUCUUCCACCUAUCAUCAUUCCAACAAAAGUCAUUCUCCGAGAACAUCAAAGUUUCCAUCUCCUGCCAAACGUUUCAAUCUUCAUCAUACAUCAUCCGCAAUCCCACAUGAUCAAUUGCCUACUCCUACAGUAAAAAUAAAAUCAGAGAAUGAACGCCCUUUAGAUACUGAGUUCGAAGCGAUUUCUCCGUCUUCAUCAUCAGAUUCUGACGAUGAAAACAAAGAUGAAGUUAAAGCCGAUGUUCAAGAAAGCCAACAGCGACCAACUUCAACUAUGAAGGAAGAUUUAUUGCAAUCACUAGAUAGUAUUGAUAUGGAAAUAACUAAGAUUGAGCAAGAAAUAGGAGAUCUUCUGAAAAAACAGGAAAGAUUAGAAGCUGAAUCUAGUGUAACUGUUGAAAGCGUACAAAAGGUUGAGAAAAUAAAGGAAAAAAAGCCUAAUAGUCUUAUUGAGCUUAUCUACUCUGAUAAUAGGACGAAAGCGCAAAAAUCGUAUAACGACUUGAAAGAUUAUAACACGUACACAAAGACAGAACCAUUAUAUCGAGAACCUUCGGACUUGCCUAUUUUUCAUGAAAAUCUAGAAAGAUUUCGUGAAGAAACCUACUUUAAACUGGUGAGGUUUAUUAGUGAAAGGAGAGCUACCAAAUUUGAUAGGAUGAUCCAGUUAAGGAAGGACUUUGAGAAAAUGAAAUCGUUAUGGGAUAAAAAACUUAGCCGAACAGAAAAUAACCCAAAGCGGAAGAAUAGAGAGGCGAAAGCUAGGGAAUUGUAUGAACGAUUUUUUCCAGAUAUUAAAAAAAAUCGAGAGUAUCAAGAAAGAAUUGCAAGAGCUGGAACCAGAAGUUAUGGCGCAGCCACUCGUUCGGAUACAGCCAGAGGCGAACCGGAAUAUGGGGGUGAUACAGCAUCAGAAUAUUGUGAGCGAAAGCACGAUGAGGUCAAAGAUCUAGCCAUUUACCCUCCACAGAUGAUAGAUGACGAUGAUAAAAUGGUUAAAUUCGUAAAUAAUAAUGGCCUUAUUACUGACAUCAAAGCCUUUGAGUUACAACGAAAAAUUCAAAGUAUAUGGACUGAAGAAGAAAAGAAACUCUUCGUUGAGAAAUUUGCUUUAUAUCCAAAGGAUUUUUUCACCAUCGCUUCAUUUUUUUAUAACAAGUCAGUCCAAGACUGUGUUCACUUUUACUAUAUGACAAAGAAAAAAGUAAAUUAUAAGCAAUAUUAUAGAACUGGAAAACGAAAAAGAAGAGUAACAAUGAAUGACAACAGUCCUAUGAAUCCUGAUAUACAAAUAAGGGGUGAUACAGAUCUACCGAAAAGUGCCAAAACUAUGAAGAUUGAUGAAUCCUCUUCAUCAAGUAAUCCUGACAAAAAGAGUACCGAUGGGCAACACCACCGAGGAGUCGAAACUCCACGUUGGACCGAGGCUGAAAUUGAAAUCGCAAAGCAAGGCCUACAACUUCAUGGUCGCCUGUGGUCUGAAAUUUCUCGCAUGGUAAUAACAAAAACAGAAGCCCAGUGUAAAAAUUACUAUUUUAAUUAUAAGAAAAAGCAUAAUUUGGAAGCGUUGGUGUUGCAAAGUAAAAUGGAUAAGCAGGGCGCUUCUUCUGGUAGUUCUAAGCAAUCAAAAAAUGAAUCUGGCAGUCAAAGCAAUCGAUCUCAUCGUACAUCUUCUCGUACAAGUGGCCAAAGUGAUGCUAAAUCCAAUAAGACCUCUAAUGUAACAAAUAAAGCAAAGAGUGCUAAUUCUAAUAAUAAAGAUAAUUCAAAUUUGAACGCUCCAGUCGUAAGCAACCCGGAAGACCAGCAUGAUAUUCAAGUAGACACCAAUCCAUUGGAUAAAACUGAAGAUAUUCCAACAACUACGAUUUCAUCAAAACUAGAAGCAGCCGAUCAAGAAAAUGAAUCAGAAGAUGUUAGCGUUACCGCAUCCAAUUCUGAGAUGGAAUCGUUAGUCCAAGGUAAGGAAGAGAAUUUAGAUGCUCCGACAACAGCGACUGAACCCGUUGAAGUGCCAAGCGAGACUCAGCUGGCGUCACAGGUUUCCGUAUCGGAUACCAAAGAGACUAAAAUGGAUGAAGUUGAAGUGGAUAAUAGUAUGUCAACGAUGGAAACUGAUGAAGUGCAAAGGAGCUCUGACGAUGUUAUGGAACAAAGCGAAAUCAUAACUGUAGCUAGUUCUGAUUCAAAGCAGGAAGACUACGAUCCCGUAAAAGGAGAUGAGAGUCAAGCUUCCGAGACUGUCCAAUCUGAAUUAGCGCCUUUCGCUAGUCAUUCCAAUGCAUGUAACCAAAAUGACUCGAAAGAAAAUGUUGCGAUAGCUGCACUUAUGAGUCUCGGUCUAGACGGAACUGAUGCUAAUACUUCUAGAUAUUAUUAUGAAUCGCGGACUAGUGAAGAUUCAGAGCGUCCCUGUAACGAAUCUGCGAAUAAUGCGUGUGUAGUUGAUGACCCUGCAGAAGAAGAAUCAGUAGAGCCAAGCUAUCCACAAGAGGAUGCUACUGAAGAUUCGUGCAGCAAAGACGUCAUAGAAGCUAAAUGUAAUUCAGACAACGAGGAUGACGUGGUAGAGGAGAAAAAUUUACCGGAAGAGGAUCAAUCAUCUGACAGUUCAGUAGAAGUAGAACAAAUGGACAUAGUUAGCAGCGAUAGCAGAAAUGUAGUUAAAGCGGCAAAAUUGACUGGUGACGGUAUAGAAGAUAUCACAUCCGAUGAAGAUUCUCCGUUAGCUACGGAACCAAUAUCCCCACCUCCAAAUACUAUGCCAACUUCGGUCAUACCGCUUAAUGCAGGGGGCUUAAGUAAUAGUGAAGAUAUAGCUUCUCACUCACCUUAUCGUUAUUCAGCCCUAACGUUUCCUAUAUCAACUCAAAAACUAACUGAAUUAAGUUCGGCUAGUUUUAACGAAACUGCUUCGUGCCCUAGUAAGAGUGAAAUAACUGAAAGCACAAACGUACCACAAGACGUAAUCUCGAAUAAAGCUGUCGAUUCACCUAAUAAGGCUAGUGAUAAUGACAGCUAG